AUGUCGGAGCUGGAGCGGCUGAGGCUGAGCGACAUCCCCGAGGGUCGGCAGCUGCUGCGACAGCAGCACGACAACCUGCUGCGGGUGGCCGAGUACUGCCACGGCAACUACCUGCAGGCCAGCGACAAGAGGAAGGCUCUGGAGGAGACGAUGGCUCUGAGCACACAGUCCCUGGCCAGUGUCACCUACCAGGUCAGCAGCCUGGCCACCGCCUUCCUGCGCCUGCUGGACCUGCAGGCGGCUCAGCUGCGCCAGGUGGAGGCUGACAUCACCUGCGUGGCACAGAGAGUGGACAUCCACAAGGAGAAGGUGUCACGGCGUGAGAUCGGAGCACUCACCGUCACCAAGAGGUUCCCAAACAGCCAGAGGGUCGUGGCCCCCCCAGAGCCCCCCGUGCUGGAGCCCUAUUACAGGAAACCCCUCAACUUCAGUGUCCUGGAUGGCAUAGGCCAUGGGGUCAAGGACACCAGCACACAGCUGUCCCGCACGGGCACCCUGGCUCGGAGAAGCACCAAAUGCUCCUCGGCACAGCCCGCGGGGACACUGGGGAGGAGCAGCCGUGUCCCCGAGCCCAUCCAGCCUCCCGUGGUUCCCGAGGGAAAGCUCUCAGCCACCUCCAGCUCCUCACUGGGGUCCCUCAGCUCCAGCAGGGCCCCGGCAGCUCCUGGGGAAGGAAUUCCUGCCCCUCCACCCCCUCCAGGGCCACCCCCUCCAGGGCCACCCCCGCCUGCCGCUGCCAUCCCACCUCCACCACCCCUCCCUGGGCACCUGGCCGUGCCCCCAGCGCCCCUCCUGCCCCCAGCCCCCGAUGAUCUGGAGCUGCUGCCACCACCCCCAGCUGCGCCUGAAUUUGGGGACCUGGCCCUGCCACCACCCCCAGCUGCUCCUGAAUUUGGGGACCUGCCCCUGCCACCACCCCCAGCCUCAGAGGAUCCCCCAUGGGCUCCCCAGAGCUACCUGGAGAAAGUGGUGGCCCUGUGGCCCUACACGCCACAGAAGGACAACGAGCUGUCCCUGGAGCCGGGCGCGCUCCUGUUCGUCACCCGCCGCUUCUCGGACGGCUGGUGCGAGGGAGUGAUGGAGCAGCACUCGGGAUUCUUCCCCGGGAAUUACGUGGAGCCUUUCUGA